GGGGGGAAGCGGCCCGAGAAGCCGCCGCUGAGAGACCCUCGCUUCGCGCCGCCUGCAGCCCGGGCUGCGCAAACGGCGGAGGGAGGAGCCGGAGCUCGAGGUUCGGCCAACUAGACGAGGGGAAGGCGGAGCUUGAGUCUCAGGAGGAGCCUGGGCUCAGCCUGCUCGGUAGUUUCCCCGGAGAGAGGCAGGAGCAGCAUCCCGAGCGAUCGCAGCCCCGCCGAGCAUCCUCUCCAGCAUCCCGAGCCCGGGAUUGCACGGGUGCGGGAGACUUGAAACCAUUCCAGGAUGGCUUAUUUUGGGCUGUUCUCUUUGCUGGCCAUGCAAUGUGUGGUAACAGGGGCAACUUUCUCAGAUGAGCCCAUGGCGGAGUGGUCCGUGAAUAUGUACAAUCAUCUUCGAGCCACUGGGGAAGAUGAAAACAUCCUCUUUUCCCCACUGAGCAUUGCCCUUGCAAUGGGAGUGAUGGAACUUGGGGCUCAAGGAUCCACACUGAAAGAAAUCCGUCAUGCAAUGGGAUAUGAUGGCCUGAAAAAUGGUGAAGAAUUUUCUUUCCUAAAAGAUUUCUCUGACAUGGUAUCUGCCGAAGAGAGCCGAUAUGUGAUGAAAAUUGCCAAUGCCCUCUUUGUGCAAAAUGGGUUUCAUAUCAAUGAUGAGUUCUUGCAAAUGAUGAAAAAGUACUUUAAUGCGGAAGUCAAUCAUGUGGAUUUCAGCCAAAAUGUCGCUGUGGCCAACUACAUCAAUAAGUGGGUGGAGAAUUACACAAACAGUCUGUUGAAAGAUUUGGUAUCGCCAAGGGAUUUUGAUGCUGUCACUCAUCUGGCCCUCAUCAACGCUGUGUAUUUCAAAGGAAACUGGAAAUCCCAGUUUAGACCUGAAAACACCAGAACUUUUUCCUUCACUAAAGACGAUGAAAGUGAAGUACAGAUUCCAAUGAUGUAUCAACAAGGGGAGUUUUAUUAUGGGGAAUUUAGUGAUGGAUCCAACGAGGCCGGUGGCAUCUACCAAGUCUUAGAAAUACCCUACGAAGGAGAGGAGGUCAGCAUGAUGCUGGUCCUGUCCAGACAGGAAGUUCCACUGGCCACACUGGAGCCUCUGCUCAAAGCACAGCUGAUUGAAGAAUGGGCAAACUCUGUUAAGAAACAAAAGGUGGAAGUAUACCUGCCCAGGUUCACAGUGGAACAGGGAAUUGAUUUAAAAGACAUCUUUAAAGCCCUUGGAGUCACAGAGGUUUUCAUCAAAGAUGCAAAUUUGACUGCCAUGUCAGAUAGGAAAGAGCUGUUUCUCUCCAAAGUUGUUCACAAGUCCUUCAUCGAGGUUAAUGAAGAAGGGUCAGAAGCAGCUGCAGCCUCCGGAAUGAUUGCAAUUAGCAGGAUGGCUGUGCUGUACCCGCAGGUUAUUGUCGACCAUCCGUUUUUAUUUCUUAUCAGGAACAGGAAAGCUGGUACCAUCUUAUUCAUGGGACGAGUCAUGCACCCUGAAACCAUGAACACAAGUGGACAUGAUUUCGAGGAACUUUAAAUGAUGAUAUUUGAACAAAAGUAAAUCAGUAGUAAAGCACAUUAUGUUUGCAAUUGGUAUAUAUUUAAGAUCUUUGUUUUAUGGUAUUAUUUAAGAUAAUACUUAAACUAGUUCUGGAUAGAAGUAAUACAUGUGUCCUGUAAGGCAGCCUGUCAAGAAACUUUAUCAGAAUUAAAAUUACGGUUCUGUUGUGUAACAGUGUCUGUUGUGAUGUUGUUAGAAAUAAAAGUCUAUACUGAACUUGUGAACGACCUUUUCAUUUUGGAGGUAGUUGUAGUCUGCACACCACUAUAGCUGAGACUUGGAAACUCUGCUGUUUCUUUAGGAAUUGGAGUAAAGUAAUUCUACAAUGCAAAAUGUAGAAACUGCUGUCUCUGCGUUUCUUCCUGAUCAUGCAGAAUCAACACCAAAGUGAGCAAAUUUAUGUAUUUAAUAAGCAAUAAUGUGAAGUGGAGGCAAGUAAGCCACAAGCAUUGGGACUGUCAUUUACUGUAAGGCUCCAUGACAAAACUUUUAGGAAAAAAAGUUGGGAUAUGUAAAGCCUAUAGGUGUUACUGAUUUGUGUGUAUACUGUAGUUUAUGCUUUUAAAGUCAUUAAAGUAUUCCUGCUGUAUUUGCUUUUAAAAGUUUUAUGUGAAUCUAUAGACCACAUGACUCUAGACACAACCUCAAACAUCUUAUUACGUACUCUCAGUGGCAUCAAGAGCGCCUCCCCCCCACACACACAUGAAGGGAUUGUCUUGUACCAUUUAAGUGAUUUUUUUUUCAUAGUCACACAAAGAUGAAAUCACCCAGUGGCACAUUUCCUAGAAUAUAUCCAAGUAAUCAAGUGGUACCUUGAUGUACCAGCUGCCUAGAUGUUUUUACUUUAUGGAAAAAUCAUUGGUCAGUAUAUCAUAAGGAAUCAAUGCUUCUCAACUGUAGUGUAUGAUGCUGUCACCAGGUCACUUGUUACAAAUACAGGUUCUUAUCCAGGAUGUCUAAGGCAGAGUGGGGAACCGUACCUUUCUCUUUUUAAAAUAUUUUUCUUUAAAAGUCUUUCUUUCAUUUGCAUAUCAACCACAGUUCCCCCUCCCUUUGCUCCCCUCACUCUCCCCACUUACCCACCAACCCAACCACCCAUCCACUCCUCAGAAAGGGUAAGACUUCCCAUGGGGAGUCUGCAUAUAAACCCUCCUCCUUUUCUUUGACUGGACUCAGCCCAGUGCUUAGUUGUGGGUCUUUGCAUCUUCUUCCACCCAUUGCUGGAUGAAGGUUCUAGAACAACAAUUAGGGUGAGACCACACCUUUCUAACAAGCUUCCAAAUGAUGCCACAGGUGUUUGACCAUAGGCUUUGCUAUUUGUCACUUGGGGAACAAAAUUCUACUUAAUGUAAGCAUCACAUGCUUGCUACUCAUAUAAAUCAGGGGGAAAACUCUCAUUUUCACUGACUGAACUUAGAGGGAAUCAGAGUAGGGACAGAAAUGUAAUCUGCAUUAAUAAUACAAUGCCCUUGUCAAGAACUGAUAUAACUUUAAAUGUUUUUUCUAGUACACAUUAUAGAUAAAUGUGAGAUUCUUCUGUAUAUUACAACACUUGAAGUAGUUUUUAAAAAUAUGGAGACAUUUAUAGGCCAUACCCAUGGAAGAAUUUAUGAAUAUCCAAGGACAGAGUACUUAACACUGAAUCUUUUACAGUUUAUAUUUUCAGAAGACUAGCUGUUUAUUCAUAAAUCUUUAUGUUACUGUAAAAUAGAGCACUUGUUUUCAUUUGUAAUUUAUUUAGCUAAGAUGGCUGAUGUUGACUCAGUGUUCACAUUCUGCACCCAGACAGUAUUUAUCACUGUAUUCUUCUUGUGAAUAUUGCACACAUGGCUAUACCUGUAUGUUCAUCAAUUAACUGAAUGUAUUGCCUGUAAGGAAGAAUAAAAAUCAUUAUGCAAUCAUG